GAUAUAAUUCAAUAAUUACCUUAAGCUUGUACAUAAAUUGAAGAAACUUUACAUUCAAAUUUAAGAAUUUAAAUAUAAAAAUUAUUAUUAAACUUUUAAAAGAGCGUGCCACACAGUAGCCUCGGGAGCCUCGUGUACACAAGGGCAGAACAGUGGCUUUAAUUGUUGCGCUGAAACAUGUAUUAAUAAUAUAGUUAGAAAAGUACCUGAUAGUAGUAGUAAUCAUCUAAAGUUGUAUGUUGUAUAUUUAAGCAGUAUUGUCUACUAGACCAGACUCUUGCGAUCGCUAAUAUGGCAAUGUUUAUUAAUAAUUAGACGUAGUACCGUGUCUGCAAAAUAUUUUUAUCUUUUUUUUUCGGGGCGAGGAUGUGUGGAUGUUCAGUCAUGAGGUUUUGUGUAACGAUUCUACUAAGAAAAUGGUUAAGGUGUCCGUUUUAGCUGUGUGACAUCCUUUAAGCCUCUCACUAUGUAGGUGCAAUUUGAAAAAUGCAUCGACUAUGACUAAGGGCUUUUCAGUUUCAAAUCUUGUAGUAUGGUCUUUGUUAUAGUGACAUAAAAGUCGAAGUGAAUUAUGGCCGAAAUAUUGUGAAUGUGGCUAACAUUUUAGUGACAAUAGUUUUAAAUUGAUGUUUUCCCUGGGAUCCAUUAGUUUAUAUGGGGAAAGUGAUUUGUGUACUUGAAGAUUGAGAAAUUCUCAGAAUUGUGAUAUGGCGAGUGUAAAUUAUACCUAACUGAUGUUGAAAAAUCUCUGAAAUUUACCAGCAAGUCUUGAAAAUAAGCUAAAGUAAUCUGUGGUAAUUAUCAAUAAUGGGUGAUGCUAUAAAGACGAUGGAGUGUGUUAAAGAUGUGGAUAGUAGAGAGAGCAUGGGAGGCACACGUGUGGGAGCAGGCAUGGAACAUGGCUCGCUAAUAUGUGGUGGGAGUCGUAGCCUCUCCCAGCUGGAGGAUCCCGACUCCCUGCCACAACGCUCCCCUUCUCCUGUCACGUCUCCAGCUUCUCCUUUUGGACACCAAGUGGAUGGUCCCAAGGUACAUCCACUUGGGAAAAUGCAGUCAAGUAGAGCGAGUCAAACACGGCAAGAAAGUGUGUCUGAAGUAAGGCCCACCACGAUAGAUAUAAAAGGAAAUGGGAAAGACUCGCAUGUAGUUACUGAAGAGAUGCUUGUAAUCUCUCCAUGUCAGCCUAGAUUUGCCAACUUUCUUCAGUCCACUGAUAGAAGAAAAGUGCUUAUACGAAACCGCAAUAUGGAAGACGUAGUACAGAAAAUCCACGAAGGUAGCACACUAUGGAAGGUUCGUGGUGUCAACAAAUGGUUCCAUCGUCAUUACAAAGUUGACAUUGACAACAUGAGCCUUGUUGGGGAAUCUAAGAAAUGGUGGUCCCCUGGUGGGGGUACAGGCAGCGAUGGACCAGAAAAUGCAGUUCCUUUGAUAGAGAUCACAGAGGUCCGUGAAGGCUGGAAGACGGACACAUUCAACAAAGUUAGUAGCCACUCUGAGAAGACCAAAGAUAAAGCGGCAGCUGGCGAUGAACCGUCAUUAGAAGAAAACAAGUGCUUUUCAAUCAUCCACGGACCAGGUGGGAGGGAGGUGUUGGACCUGGUUGCAGCUACUGAAGAUGAGAGGGAUGCUUGGGUGUCGGGUCUGACACACCUUGUUCAGUCUGUCAAGGCUCUUCAUGAAGAGAAACAGUAUGAUGUGUGGUUACGGCAACAGUUCGAAGAAGCUGACAAAGACAAUAAUGGAUCUCUUAAUUUUAAUGAGUGUUGCACUUUGCUCAAGCAGUUAAACAUCAAAAUGGACAAAACACAUGCCAAGAAGCUAUUCAAUCAAGCUAACACCAGUAAGCAGAAGAGAGAUGGCGACCAAGUUCUGGAAGUUGGAGAAUUUGUUAACUUCUAUCAUGCACUACUGAAAAUGCCAGAAAUUGAAAAGUUGUUCAAAAAACAUGCAAGUGAGAAAACUCAGCUAAUGAGUGCAGACCAGCUGUGUGCCUUCCUCCAUAAAGAACAGGGUCUCAUUGACUUGGAUGAGAGCCAAGCAACCAAGCUCAUUCAUGAAUUUGAAAUCAGUGACCUUAAAGACCAAGGAUAUAUGACGCAAGAUGGCUUCUACCAUAUGCUCCUCUCGGAUAUGUUUGAUAUAUUCAACCACGAACACAAGAGCAAAGUUCAUCAAGACAUGACCCAGCCACUUGCACAUUACUACAUCUCUUCUUCCCAUAAUACGUACCUGACUGGUCACCAACUUGCUGGAGAAAGUAGCGUUGAGGGCUACAUAAGUGCACUUAAACGAGGAUGUCGGCUUCUGGAAUUGGAUUUGUGGGAUGGAGACGAAGGAGAGCCAAUAAUCUACCAUGGUCAUACCUUGACCACUAAAAUAACUCUUGCUGAUGUUCUGAGAGAUGGUAUCAAGGCCUAUGCUUUCGAGGCCUCGCCUUACCCAGUCAUUCUCUCUAUUGAGAAUCAUUUAAGUGUGGAACAGCAGAAAGUCAUGGUGCAACUGCUGAAGGAUAUCCUUGGAGAUAUGCUUGCAACUGAUCCAGUGUCAGAAGACAUUACAGCUGUCCCCUCUCCAGAGGCGCUAAAAAACAAAAUAAUCAUCAGGGGCAAAAAACCUCAAGGGUCUGAAGUGGAGUCGGAUGAUGACGAUGAUGACCAGGAUGCCAUUGAUUAUAUUGAUAGUGAUGAUGGUGCUGCACAAACUAAAAAGGAUCUCUUCACUCCUCACCUUAAGACAUUCUACCGCUCUUUUAAGAGGGCUAGGCAAAACUCCAAAAAGAGGCGCAGUGUAUCGCAUCAAGCAGAGCAGAAGCCACACAAGCCUCUCGCUCCAGAAUUAAGAGAGAUUAUCAAUGUAUGUGAAGGGAAAAAGUUUACUACUUUCCAUGAUGCCUUUGAAAAUUAUAAAUGUGUUCACACUCCAUCGCUAGGAGAGACGAAAGCAAAAGGAUUAAUUGAAAGCAGUCCAGAUGACUUCAUUAGGUUCACUGAGAGGCACGUUACCAAGGUGUACCCCCUUGGUACCCGGACAGACUCUUCUAAUCUGAAGCCGUACCCCUUCUGGAGUGUAGGAUGUCAGAUAGUGGCGCUGAAUAUGCAGACAGAAGACAAGGCCAACUUCUAUGGUGAUGCUCUCUUUACCACCAAUGCAAAUUGUGGCUAUGUUCUCAAGCCAGAUAUUAUCCUUAAAAAGGUACCCUAUGAUCCGACAGACCUCUCAGACAGAUACACCAAAAUUGUUCGUGUGACGGUGUUGAGUGGCCAGCAUCUACCAAAUUCGGCCAAAAAGGGUGACAUUGUUGAUCCUUAUGUACAAGUAAAAGUUCGAGGUCACCCGCUUGACAAACAGAAACAGCGUACUAAAGUUAUUAAAAACAAUGGUUUCAAUCCAGUUUGGAAUGAGGCAUUAGAGCUGUCCAUCAAGGUACCACAAGUAUCAUUAAUAUAUUUUUCAUUGAGAGAUGAGAGCUCUUUGUCGCGUGAUCCUGUACUUGGCCUUUGUUGCAUUCCUUUUAAUUCACUUUCAUCAGGUUACCGGUUUGUCCACUUCACUGACCUGGCAGGGAAGUCUCUGGGUCCUGCUGCUCUAUUUGUUCAUAUAGAAGUUCGUGAUAAGUGAAGUGAAAGCCGACCAGACAUAUGAAGCAAAUAAGUUGAGAAAUAAUGUGUUCCAAGAGAGGGCUUUCUAUGUUUUAGACUGAACAGUGCUGCUAGCAAUAGGGAUAUUAUGAAGUAACCCUGUGAUUUAUCCUGUAUAAUUUAAAAUUUGUUUUCCUCUUGUUUUGUCUUCUAUGUACAAUAUCCAGCUGAUUUAUUUAAUAAAUGUUGUUAAUUUUAUAUUCACAAGCUUCUUGCACAUUGGUAGGAAGAUCCUUGUCCAGAUAUGUUAGGCUUGGUAAAAACUUGUAUUUUGAUAAAAAAUUAACCACUUAUGUUAUAUGUAAUGCAAUGGUGAAUAAAGAAACACAUUAAAUAUACUAGUAAUAUGCAGUGAUUGCCAUGGUAAAGUUUGCAAAAUAGAGCAGAGAUUAUGAUACAACUGGAUAGUCAUCAGUCAACCCAGUGAUACCAUAGUCUCUUGUACAGACACAGGAUAACCCAGCAGACUAAUGCAUUUCAACCUCACAUAACUCUGGUGUUUGUGUAAUAUUGUAAAUAACUGUCAUCAUUACAGUACCAGAAUCUGUGAUGACUAUGUUGCCUUUUAUUGUUUACUUCAACUAAAUUGUCAGAGGCGAUUUGUGGCGUAUAUUUUGUAGUUAAAAGGAACGUUGAACUUGAGGAGUGAAAGCAUCAAAAGCCAUGGAUUUCAAAGGAUCCAUGAAAUUAUCCUUUCAUGGGAAUUGGAAUGGCAAAUUGACUAGGAAACCAUAUAAAACAAGUGAAUUUUGGUUCGAAUAAAUGAAUAUAGGAUUAAAAUUCACACUUGAUUGUCCGGCAUAUCAAUUCCAGUAGGGUUGUUCAUAUUGGGGGGGAGGGGAAUUCAUAAGUGGGUGUGGUAAGGAUGGUCAAAUCUCGUGGCACUGUUUUCUUUGAAUGAAAGUAUUUUCAUUUACUAGACAUUGUUUAAUUUAGUUUAAAACUUGUUUCCAGUAGUGCAAAUAAAGAUUUAACUAUGAACAAAAUGAA